AAGCCUACAAGAAAGUACAAGAUUUAGUCAACUUGUUGAAGAGCUAUUGAAAAUCAUUCAUGCUUUUCAGCUUGACACAGGUUUGCAGUUUGCAAACAGUUACAAUUUUGCAAAAAAGGAAAAUCACUCUCCUGAACAUCUAAAAGAUGAAGUUUCUAUCAUCCAAAGUAUGGGCUACAGAAACCGUGCCAAAAGACUUCUACAGAGUGAACCCGAAAAUCCUUCCUUGCAAGAAACCAGUCUCAGUGUCCCACUCUCUAACCUUGGAAUUGUGAGAACUCUGAGGAGAAAGCAGCGGAUACAACCUCAAAAGAAGUCUGUCUACAUUGAACUGGGAUCUGAUUCUUCUGAAGAUACGGUUAAUAAGGCAACUUAUUGCAGUGUGGGAGAUCAAGAAUUGUUACAAAUCACCCCUCAAGGAACCAGGGAUGAAACCAGUUUGGAUUCUGCAAAAAAGGCUGCUUGUGAAUUUUCUGAGAAGGAUAUAACAAAUGCUGAACAUCAUCAGUCCAGUAAUAAUGAUUUGAACACCACUGAGAAACAUGCAACUGAGAGGCAUCCAGAAAAGUAUCAGGGUGAAGCAGCAUCUGGGUAUGAGAGUGAAACAAGUGUCUCUGAAGACUGCUCAAGGCUCUCCUCUCAGAGCGAAAUUUUAACCACUCAGCAGAGGGAUACCAUGCAAGAUAACCUAAUAAAGCUCCAGCAGGAAAUGGCUGAACUAGAAGCUGUGUUAGAACAGCACGGAAGCCAGCCUUCUAACAGCUACCCUUCCAUCAUAACUGACUCUUCUGCCCUUGAGGACCUGCGAAAUCCAGAACAAAGCACAUCAGAAAAAGUAUUAACUUCACAGAAAAGUAGUGAAUAUCCUAUAAACCAGAAUCCAGAAGGCCUUUCUGCUGACAAGUUCGAGGUAUCUGCAGAUAGUUCUACCAGUAAAAAUAAAGAACCAGGAGUGGAAAGGUCAUCCCCUUCUAAAUGCCAGUCAUUAGAGGAUAGGUGGUAUGUGCACAGUAGCUCUGGGAGUCUUCAGAAUGGAAAUUACCCAUCUCAAGAGGAGCUCAUUAAGGUUGUUGAUGUGGAGACGCAACAACUGGAAAAGUCUGGGCCACACGAUUUGAUGGAACUAUCUUACUUGCCAAGGCAAGAUCUAGAGGGAACCCCUUACCUGGAAUCUGGAAUCAGUCUCUUCUCUGAUGACCCUGAAUCUGAUCCUUCCGAAGACAGAGCCCCAGAGUCAGCUCAUGUUGGCAGCAUACCAUCUUCAACCUCUGCAUUGAAAGUACCCCAGUGGCAAGUUGCAGAAUCUGCCCAGAGUCCAGCUGCUGCUCAUAAUACUAAUACUGCUGGGUGUAAUGCAAUGGAAGAAAGUGUGAGCAGGGAGAAGCCAAAAUUGACAGCUUCAACAGAAAGGGUCAACAAAAGAAUGUCCUUGGUGGUGUCUGGCCUGACCCCAGAAGAAUUUAUGCUCGUGUACAAGUUUGCCAGAAGAUACCACAUCGCUUUAACUAAUCUAAUUAGUGAAGAGACUACUCAUGUCGUUAUGAAAACAGAUGCUGAGUUUGUGUGUGAACGGACGCUGAAAUAUUUUCUGGGAAUUGCGGGAGGAAAAUGGGUAGUUAGCUAUUUCUGGGUGACCCAGUCUAUUAAAGAAAGAAAAAUGCUGAAUGAGCAUGAUUUUGAAGUCAGAGGAGAUGUGGUCAAUGGAAGAAACCACCAAGGUCCAAAGCGAGCAAGAGAAUCCCCAGACAGAAAGAUCUUCAGGGGGCUAGAAAUCUGUUGUUAUGGGCCCUUCACCAACAUGCCCACAGAUCAACUGGAGUGGAUGGUACAGCUGUGUGGUGCUUCUGUGGUGAAGGAGCUUUCAUCAUUCACCCUUGGCACAGGUUUCCACCCAAUUGUGGUUGUGCAGCCAGAUGCCUGGACAGAGGACAAUGGCUUCCAUGCAAUUGGGCAGAUGUGUGAGGCACCUGUGGUGACCCGAGAGUGGGUGUUGGACAGUGUAGCACUCUACCAGUGCCAGGAGCUGGACACCUACCUGAUACCCCAGAUCCCCCACAGCCACUACUGAUUGCAGCCAGCCACAGGUACAGAGCCACAGGACCCCAAGAAUGAGCUUACGAAGUGGCCUUUCCAGGCCCUGGGAGCUCCUCUCACUCUUCAGUCCUUCCACUGUCCUGGCUACUAAAUAUUUUAUGUGCAUCAGCCUGAAAAGGACUUCUGGCUAUGCAAGGGUCCCUUAAAGAUUUUCUGCUUCAAGUCUCCCUUUGAAAUCUGCCAUGAGCACAAAAUUUUGGUAAUUUUUCACCUGAGAAGAUUUUAGACCAUUUAAACGCCACCAAUUGAGCAAGAUGCUGAUUCAUUAUUUAUCAGCCCUAUUCUUUCUAUUUGGGCUGUUGGCUUAGGGCUGGAAGCACGGAGCGGCUUGGCCUCAAGAGAACAGCUGGUUUCCCUAAAUUUGCUUCUCUAAAACCCUGUGUUCACAAAGGCAGAGAGUCAGACCCUUCAAUAGAAGGAGAAUGCUUGGGAUCGAUUAUGUGACUUAAAAUCAGAAUAGUCCUUGGGCAGUUCUCAAAUGUUGGAGUGGAACACCGGGGAGGAAAUUCUGAGGCAGGUAUUAGAAAUGAAAAUGAAACUUGAAGGCUGGGCAUGGUGGCUCACGCCUGUAAUCCCUGCACCUUGGGAGGGUGAGGCAAGUGGAUCACUGGAGGUCAGGAGUUCGAAACCAGCCUGGCCAACAUGGUGAAACCCCAUCUCUACCAAAAAUACAAAAAUUAGCCAGGCAUGGUGGUGGACACCUGUAAUCCCAGCUACUCAGGUGGCUGAAGCAGGAGAAUCGCUUGAGCCCGGGAGGUGGAGUGGUUACAAUGAGCCAAAAUCAUACCACAGCACUCCAGCCUGAGUGACACAGUGAGACUGUGGCUCCAAAAAAAAAGAAAGGAAAAUGAAACUAGAAGAGAUUUCUAAAAGUCUGAGGUAUAUUUGCUAGAUUUCUAAAGAAUGUGUUCUAAAACAGCAGAAGAUUUUCAAGAACCGGUUUCCAAAGACAGUGUUCUAAUUCCUCAUUAGUAAUAAGUAAAAUGUUUAUUGUUGUAGCUCUGGUAUAUAACCCAUUCCUCUUAAAAUAUAAGACCUCUGGCAUAAAUAUUUCAUGUCUAUAAAAUGACAGAUCCCACCAGGAAGGAAGCUGUUGCUUUCUUUGAGGUAAUUUUUUUCCCUUUGCUCCCUAUUGCUGAACCACACAGCUUCAUAAAUAAUUUUGCUUGCCGAAGGAAGAAAAAGUGUUUUUCAUAAACUCAUUAUCCAGAACUGUUUAUAGCUGUUGGAAGGACUAGGUCUUCCCUAGCCGCCCCCCCCCGUGUGCAAGGGCAGUGAAGACUUGAUUGUACAAAAUACGUGUUGUAAAUAUUGUGCUGUUAACACUGCAAAUAAACUUGGUAGUAAACACUUCCA